AUGGCAGACCUGGAUGAGGACGCCCUGCUAACGUCCGCGCCAACUGCAGAUGAAAUUGACCUUUCCGAAGAGACGCAAGAUUUCCGCUUUCUCUCUGCUUUCGGAACGAAUGAGGUCAAGAUCCCGAAGCGAGGCGAAAAGGACUUUGAACAGCAUGGCACGAAUCUCCAAUCCGACACCCUCGCCGCCUCUCGGCAGGCCAUGCAUAAUGCCCUCUCGUUUCAACGGGUGCACCAGCCGAAAGGGUACACAAUGGCGACCUACCACCCCGAGUCCAACAUGGCUUACAGCUACAACCCGAAGGGCCCGCUCUUCGCCAGGAUGGGCCAGGUCCUUUCGGCCUUGGAAGAUCCACUAGGCAACGACGAACGACGUGGUCAACGGCUAUGGUUGCUGCCGGAAGAACUCAUUUACCUUCUCGAACGAGGGACUAUUGAUGUUCGCUGGCCGGUGAGUGAGGAUGACGAAGAUGAUCGAGCACUGCCAAUGAGCGUGCAGGCCGCUUAUGCUAUGUGCAUUGGCGGCACGCUGACUCUGGAACGUCACAUUGUUUACUCCAGUCUCAAGCGAGCAGGAUAUAUCGUCCUGCGAUCGGCCGACUUCAACGGCUCCGGGCCAUCUCCUGGUACGGAGUGCUAUCCGCCAUUACCCGACAGAACGUGGCGGGGACUGCAUCAUGGCCGUGACGGCUGUUUGUUGCAACCAGCGCUCUACCGCAGCUACGCCGACAUCUACAGUCGUCUCGCCCUCGUCCAAUUCCACGACCCGACCACUCAACGACCUCAACCGUCGAACUUGCCAGUAACCAUUCCAACCGACCUGCACCAGCCUCUUUCCUCUAUAAGCGUAACGUACAAUAUCUGGAAACCCGGCACCACAAUGUUCAAGAAGUCCUCUCCCGGCACGCCGGACUUUCGCAUAGCCGUAGUCAAUGCUCGCGAAACCAAGGUGCCAAGCUUGCAGCAGCUGAGUAGCUUGAUGGAGGCGGUACCUUACGAGCCGCCUAAGCAGGACGCGCAACUUUAUCAGAAGUUGAAACACGGGUAUAAGAACGUCAUCCUUGCGAUUGUUGACCAAGGUGUGGUAAGCUAUUUGAGGCUCGCUGAUGCUGCGUUCGGGAGGGAAAGGCUGUAUGGAAGCAAGAGUCCUAGGCCUGGAUUCAAGCAUGGAGGGAGCAGGAAGAGGGGCCAGAAGCGGAGAUGA